UCAACGUAUAUAGAUGUGGUGCUGGAGAAGAGCACUGAGGAUCUCAUGGACAGCCAGAAAGACAAACAAUUGGAUCCUUGGACAGAUCAAGCCUGAACUCUCCCUGGAUGCCAGGAUGACUGAAUUGAGACUAUUGUAUUUUGGCCACAUCAUGAGAAGGUCCUGUCGGCCACUGAGCAUCCUACCCUGGAAAUGCUCUCUCUUUCAGCUCUUCUUUGUUGCUCUGUUGCUGGGUUUUCUUUCCCUGCUGUGGCUACAGCUCAGCUGCUCAGGAGAUAUGACAAGAGGCCGAAGAGCGGAGGCUACAGUGCCUCAGAAACCCUGCACCUUUGAACCUCUACCUCAGCUUCCUGAUGACCCAUCAUGGGGGCCCCACCGCCUAGCAAUACUGGUGCCUUUUCGGGAGCGCUUUGAGGAGCUGCUUACGUUUGUGCCCCACAUGCAUCGUUUCCUCAGUAGGAAGAAAAUUCGCCAUCAUAUCUUCAUACUUAACCAGGUGGAUCAUUACAGGUUUAACAGAGCAUCUUUGAUCAACGUGGGCUUCCUAGAAAGUGGAAAUGACACGGACUAUAUUGCCAUGCAUGAUGUGGACUUGCUACCUCUCAAUGAGGAACUGGACUAUAGCUUCCCAGCUGCUGGACCUUUCCAUGUGGCAUCGCCUGAAUUGCAUCCUCUUUAUCACUAUAGCACCUAUGUAGGUGGCAUCUUACUGCUUACCAAGCAGCACUUUCGAAUGUGUAAUGGAAUGUCAAACCGCUUUUGGGGCUGGGGCCGAGAGGAUGAUGAAUUUUAUCGCCGUAUUAGAGGAGCUGGACUUCAACUCUUCCGGCCCUUGGGCAUUACAAGUGGAUAUAAGACAUUCCAACAUUUGCAUGACCCAGCUUGGCGCAAGAGAGACCAGAAGCGCAUUGCUUCCCAGAAGCAGGAGCAGUUCAAGGUGGACCGUACUGGAGGUUUGAAUAACCUUGAAUACAGAGUGGAGUCACGCACUUCAUUAAAUGUGGCAGGCGCUCCCUGCACAAUCCUCAACAUCUUGCUAGAAUGUGACUCCAGUGAAACUCCGUGGUGCACAUUUAGCUGAACUAUCUCCUGCAUAAACUGCCUAUUGUCUUGCUGCUGGAGCAGUAACAGCAGCAGCUAGUCACCAGUGCUGCACCUGGACUCAUUGGAGGCAAAUCCUUCUGCAGGAAUCUACAGCAGAGCAUUGGAUACCCCUGAGUCAGAUGGUUAAAAAGAAGAGGACUGAGCAUCCACAUCCAUUGACAGGCAAAUACACAGUGCUGCCUUUUCCAUGUCACAAUGAAUGCAGAGGCACUGGCAAGAUUAAAUAGAUUGAGUCCUUGCUCAGUCUGUUUGCCAUUUUGAAAGAUGGUAUCUCAGCUACCUACAUCUCAAGUGAAGGAAUUUUAAGAGUCAGUUCAUGACUACUAGCUUUCUUUCUCUCUGCCUGCCAGGGUUCUAACACCUAGGUGAUAACAGGCAGCUAGGGUUAUAGAUUUGUCAGAGUCCUUUGUGCCCAGGCUAGUACAUACAGGACUCACUGUCUGUUUAUUUUCUUUGAACUUUGCUUCUUCAUGAUAAAAUAUGCAUAAGCAACUGCUGCUAUGAACCCCUUACCUGCCCCCAACUCUUGCUCCAGGGGUGGCCUUGCUAAGAGUGGACAGCUUGCACUCUGUCUUUAAGAGCAUCAGCUGAAACCACCUCACCUAAAUCCGUAAUGGUCAAAGAUCUUGUUCUUAAGGUUUCUUGGGCUGUAAACGCUGCUGCGUCAUUGCACUAAAGCCAUGAAAGUGAUUGGAUACUGAAGGAAUAUUGCAGUUGGAAUAAACAGAAUUGUAGAAUUCACUAUCACAA